AUGGCGGCCUCCGGGAACCCCGUCGUGGACAUCCACACACACAUGUAUCCGCCCUCCUACAUCUCCAUGCUCGAGAAGCGCACCACCAUCCCGCUCGUCAGAAAGUUUCCUCAGGCCGACGAGCCGCGCCUCAUUCUCCUGUCGUCAGAGCUCGAGUCUCUUGAUGCGGCCCUUAAGGACUCUACCGCCAAGCUGCCCGGGCGGCCGCUGAGCACGCACUUUGCCUCGCUGUCGCAAAAAAUGCACUUCAUGGACACCAACGGCAUCGACGUGUCCGUCAUCUCCCUCGCCAACCCGUGGUUUGAUUUCCUGGAUCCGUCCGAGGCGGCGGGCAUUUCAGACUCGGUCAACAAGGAGUUUUCAGACAUGUGCGCGGAACAUGUCGGGCGCCUCUUCUUCUUUGCCGCCCUGCCGCUCAGCGCGCCUGUCGACGCCAUCAAGGCAUCCAUCGAGCAUGUCAGGAAGCUCAAGUACUGUCGGGGCAUUAUCCUAGGAACCUCUGGUCUCGGAAAGGGCCUGGACGACCCCAAUCUCUUGCCUGUUUUCAAGGCGAUUGCCGAUGCCAAUCUGCUCGUCUUUCUGCAUCCGCACUAUGGCCUGCCCAACGAGGUAUACGGCCCCCGUAGCGAAGAGUUCGGCCAUGUCCUCCCACUGGCGCUGGGUUUCCCCAUGGAGACCACCAUCGCUGUUGCUCGCAUGUACAUGGCUGGCGUGUACGAUCAAGUGCGCAACCUCCAGAUGCUCCUGGCGCACAGCGGCGGCACGCUGCCCUUCCUUGCCGGCCGCAUUGAAAGCUGCAUUGUACAUGAUGGAUAUCUGGUCAAGUCGGGCAAGGCACCCAAGAACCGCCGCACAAUCUGGACUGUGCUGAAAGAGCAAAUAUAUCUCGAUGCUGUCAUUUACUCCGAGGUUGGACUCCAGGCGGCAAUUGCAUCGAGCGGAGCAGAUAGACUCAUGUUUGGCACGGAUCAUCCAUUCUUCCCACCAAUUGAAGAGGACGUCCAGGGUCCUUGGGAUAGCUCCCGUUUGAAUGCCCAGGCCGUAAGCAAAGCCGUUGGACAAGGCUCCAGCGACGCUGCCGCCGUGAUGGGCUUGAACGCUGUUCGCGUUUUGAAUCUCAAGGCCGAGUAA